CUGAGUUAUCACCCCUCAAUUAUUCUUCAAUGAAGGAAACUUAAAAAGACGCCCUUGGUGAUAAUGUAAAUACAGGUGUGAUCCCAUCCAAAAUGGGUAAUGAAGCAUCCCAUUUAACACCAGAACAACUAGAAGAAAUAUCAGCCAAAACACCAUUUAAAACAAAAGAAUUAGAGAAGCUGUUAAAGAGAUAUUCACAAUAUGAUUCAUCAGAACGAGGGAUCAAUGGAAUACCAUACAAUACAUGUGUUUCAAUUCCAGAAUUUUCUGGAAAUAGAUUUGUUCCAUUCAUUAUAAAGCAUUAUAUGGACAAGAAUUCAAACAGUAUAUACCCAAAACAGUUUCUGGCUAUUUGUGGCAUUCUUAGCCCUGACACUUCAGCCUUGGUGAAAAAAGAGUUUUUGUUUGAGAUGGUUGAUGACCACAAUGUUGGUGUUUUAAAGCAUGGUGAAAUGUUUAGUUUAUAUAAGAUAAUAUUUAGUGAAAGUAUCAGUGAUAAUAUUAUCUUAGAUUUAACAUUUAGAUCUUUAAAUCAUACUGAGUUAGAAAAACCAGGAGAAAUAAGAAAGGAUGAAUUUGUGAAGAUGAUUCCUGAUAAUGAAAUAAUGUCUAAACUAUCUGUUAAUCUUCAGUUAACAUAAUAUACAAUAUCAUGUGAUAUGAUAAGUGUUUGCGACUCUAGAAGGUAGUAGUGAUAUAUAAAGUUUGAUAAAGUUUCUUACAGUUCACUGAAGUACUGUGGACAGUAAAUUGGUCUCUGAAUUAACUAAAUCUUGAUAAUAAUCAAGCCAAUGGAGAGUAACAUAAUUUCAAUCAGGUUAUCACCAGAAUAAAUAUGAUAAACAAACUGUGGUGUAGCUAUAUAAAGGAUAAUAUGCAUAAAAAGCAUUAAGCUUACAGGGUAAACCAUUUUCAUGUUGGAUAAAAGUUGUAAAUUUA